ACUCAUCAUGCCUAACUGUUUACAAUCUGUUCGACGAAACAUGGCUGCUGUCAAGUGAGCUGUUGAUGGUGUACCGAACAGUUACAAUUCACUUAUAUGUUCUCUUAAAUGAUUUAUUUAAAAUAUUUUAAUUGAUAACAGUGUAUUGUGACAGGGAUAGUUUCAAUAGUCUGCGUUUUACUCUGGAACCGUCACAAAUUCCUUCACCCGCUAUAACGUGCAAGUUAGCAUCACUAGCUAGCUCAAGGAGAACAAUGACGGCAAGCUCAUCGGGUGGAAACACCUGUCUCACUGCUAAAGGUUUGGACAUUAGUCUCGCAGCCCUGCAAAGACAAGAUCCCUACAUCAACAACAUUGUAGAUGUGGCGAGUCAAGUGGCGUUGUAUACUUUCAACAACCGAUCAAAUGAAUGGGAGAAGACUGACGUGGAGGGGACCCUGUUUGUCUACACAAGGCUAGCAUCUCCCAGACAUGGCUUCACCAUAAUGAACAGGCUGAGUAUGGAGAACCUGACUGAACCCAUCACUAAAGACCUGGACUUCCAACUGCAGGAUCCGUUCCUACUCUACAGGAAUGCUCGCUUAGCUAUCUAUGGCAUCUGGUUCUAUGAUAAGGCGGACUGCCAGCGCAUCGCAGAGCUUAUGAAGUAUCUGACGAAACAGGAACAGGCCCUAGCCCAGCGGGGUCAACAGGGACCGGGUCAGGGGGGCUUGGUGUCUCCUCGAGCCCUGGAGGCAGCAGGGGACCCUGGGAAGGGACAAGGAGUGGACAUCCUGCAGAUGCUGACCAAAGCUCGCAAUGAGUAUGACAAGGGUGGUCAGCCAGAGCCUAAAGAGAUAGGAGGGUCUAGUGUUCUUAAUGCCAACCCCAGCCUGAUCAAACCUAUCCCUGUCAAACCUAUGGAGAGAUUUCCCCAUCAGGGGCUACAGGAGAGGCCUGUUCAGGACAGUCAAGGAGAGCCCAGGCCUCUCUCUCUGGCAACUCUGUUUGGUGUCCAGCAGCCCAGAGCAGAGCUGGUCUCUCCCAUGGCUGGGUCAGGGUCAGUAGGUCCAGGGUCCCAGCCCCUGGGGAAGCCUGGAGGCGUCCGCCCGGCGGUGGCCCGCUCCUUGUCCUACGACGACCCAGUCCAGGCCCAGCUCCAUCUCCAGGCCCAGGAAGGGGGUCUGAUCUCAGGUAGCAGCCCCCCGCAGCACUGCCCUGCCUUCCAGAAGCUCAUGAAGGAUGCCGCCUCCUCCUCCCAGCCUCAGAACCAGCUCCAGCGAGACGGUCCUAUGGAGCAGCUCCAACCCGUCUCCGAGUCACCCGAGAACAGACUGCAUGAGAACGGAGCCCCCUCUGUCCAUCACCACCAUCGGACCCAGGCCAGACAAGACCCCAUCCAGAGACUGUUCCAGAACCAGCCCACUUCCACCACCUCUUCAAUGACGACCUCCGCUCCCUGUUGUUCUCGUCCUCCUCCUCCUCCUCUCAUCCCUGGUCUCCAGUCUGCUCAUCUUCAGCCUCUCCUGGUGGAUGCUUUGGGCUUCCCUGGUUCUCAACACCGUCACCUCCACCUCCCCCCUCACCAGGCCCAGCCGUUGUACUUCAGCCCCACCAAGCCGCCCCAGAUGCUGGUCCCCAUGUUGCCCUCACACCCCUCCCAGUCUCAACCUCCCCACCAACCCCAGCCUGGUCAUCCUCAACCUCAGUCACAGCCCUGUCACUCUUUCCACCCCUUCCAGCACCCCCAGCCCUUAUACCUCCACCCCCAGCCAGGUCACCCCCAGCCGGGGCAGCUAACUGGUGUCGUCUCCCCCCAUGAGCUGCUCCAGAGGCUGCAGCUGGUUCAACAGGAGCAGAGUCUGGUUCCGGAGCCCACUAGGCCUUCCUCUAACCUGGCUCCCCGCUUCCACGAGCCUGUCCCUCUAGCCCCCUCAGCCCCCCCAGCCAUGGGGCAGCACGGCCAGCAGUCAGCUCAUUCUACAGCCAGGUCUCUGGACAGUUUGGCUGACAAGAACUCUGCAGGCACCACUGCUCAGAAGUUCCAGGUGAUCUCCCCCAGCGUAUCCCAGCCACGGUGGCACCUACCCUGCUCCUGUCCCCCAGUGUCUUCUCCCAGGCCAAGCGCCCCCAGGCCAAAGCCUCUGGGGACACCCACUGCCCCCCUGGCCCUCAUCCUUCCUCAGCCCUCCUGGCCCCACAGGCCCCUGACGACCCCCAACCCAGGGGCCUCUCUAAGAGCCAGCUCCAGGCCACCCUGCUGCACCUCAUACAGAACGACAGUUCCUUCCUGGAUACCAUCUAUGAGUCCUACGCCCAGCGCUUCUCCACGGAAGCCACCGCAAACAAGUUCUGAGGCCAGGGCCCUGUUUUAAUGAGGCACCCAAUAGAAAAAUGUUUCAAAACGCUUUGCAACGGGAAGUGAAAAUCAGCAUUUCCUAUUGGACGAGUCCAGGGAGCCCUUCUCCCUGUUGGUCUGUUUUCUUCCGUUAGGUGCUUAAUGAGUCCCAAACCGGCACAAUCAUUUUAUCAUCUAAACCAUUUGCUGAUCUAGCUAAAUGAGUCUUCCUAAUGUGAGCACUGUCGAUGUAACCUGUGGAUUCAGAUUACAAGGAAAUUACAUUUUUGCCAUUUUUAAGAUGUUUUUAUCAUAAGAAUAAAAUAAUUGAAAGUUUGAAUGGGAUAUUGUAGUAAGAGCUAUCAAACAAUUGUAUAUGUUUUGGAAUGACUGUACUUGUUUUUAAAAGGUUCCUCUCUUAACUAAAAUGGUUUUCCAGGCAUUUGACAAUGUUUAAUUAACUUGAAGUUGGAUGAGUUUAUUUGAACACUUUAUUAAGUGGAAAUAUUUUCUAUUUUAAAAUCUUAAGCUUGUACUACCUCACAGAAGUGACCCUCUGUAUCUCUGUUGAGGUAAACGUUUCCCAAAGGAGGAAUUACAUACUGUAGAACCUAGCAUUUAUUUUCAUAAUGCGUUUGGCUUUAUUUCCACAUGUCUUCUGUGCUCACACAUCCUAGACUAGUUUGAUAGACGGUUUAUAUGUAUCAGGCAAAGGGUUUAAGAAACUAUUUUAUGUUACGAGAGAGACAGAUAAUAGAAUAUUGUCUAUUUUUCUAUGCCGUUGUCAUACGAGGACAUUUUAAAAACACAUUUUAAAAACACAAUGUUGCAAUGACAGUUUCAGGAAGUGUUUUAAUUCACACUAUCUGGCAUGUAUCAAUUAUUUUAAAACCUGUGGAAUCUGGAGUCCCAUCAUUUUGUUCUUUUGGUUUUGAAAACCACUUUUUCUUUUCUUUUUUUCCCCCCAGAGUCAAACAUUGUGACCGCAAAGCCCACUUCCUGACUUAUUUCUUGUGUAAUGAUUGAACAGUCUCUGGACCACAACUGAAUUGGAAAUAAAUUGUCUUCUUCAAA